AUGCAGUCAUUCAAGAUCGAAUGGGCUGGCGGCUCCCAGCCUGCUCAGCCAGCUUCCUCGGAUGAUGCCGACCUCACUUCGCCCGCCAACCUUCGCAAGCUGGUGCUCAAUUAUCUCUUGCACCAUUGCUACACCGAGACCGCCACUGCAUUCGCAAAGGAUGGGAUCAUCGGCGAUCUGUACGGCGGCGAGUCAUCCAUGCUUCCCAUCUCGGCUGAUGAUGUAGGCGCGAGCUCCACUGGUGCACGACCAGCUGUCUCGUCCGCUUCAGCUUCAGGUUCGAGAAGCUCCGCUGCCACUAUCGAAUCGUCUGUCCGAACACCCACUGCGAGCAACGGUGGCGCACGCCAGGCUCAUCCGCUAUCGGCGCCUCCGCUCUCCCGCGACGACUCGAGCAUGGAGAUCGAGGUGGAAAACCUGCUUCCCACGUCGUCGGAACACGCCGACGCUUCUGCAUCGCAUCAUCGCGAGCACAGCAAUGGCCUCACCCACUCGAAUGGUCACUCUGCUCAAGCGAGGAACGGUGCAGGGGCGCAAACCCAGGUGCACGACGACGAUGAGGAUCUCGAAGACGCAGAGCUUGCCGCGUCCGAGUUCGACGAGGUGCAAGAAGACUUUGACAUCGACGUCAGUCCCGACCUCACUGCCGAAGAUCUUCGAGGCGUCCGCGCACGCAAACAAAUCAAAGACUACAUCAUCUCGGGGCAGAUCCGACAAGCCAUGGACAUGAUCAACGAGCACUUUCCCACGGUUCUCAACAGCGCUGCAGCCGCCGCCGCCGCCGCCGCUAGUGGCAGCUCGAACGGCUCCAAGUCGACGCGCAGCAAGACGGGUAGCAGCGCCGGCAGCGCCGGCGACAAAAUGUUCCCGGCCAACCCGACGUCGAUGGAGCCCGACCAUUUGCUACUCAACUUGCAGAUUCAGGUGUUCAUCGAAGCGAUCCGAUCGGCCUCUUCCGCACAGCUCGCUCCUUCUUCCACGGCGCAGCUGAGCGCCUCCAACGGCGGCCUACCAUCCCUCGCGACCACCACACCCGGCAUCGCUGCCUCGGCCAUCUCACGCGCAGCAUCACCAGCACCGUCCACAUCCUCCUCCAACGGUUCUGCCACCUCUGCCACCGGAACCAACGCUGCACUCAACCCUGCGCUCCACUCUGCCCUCGCCUACGCACAGGGACUCUACGCAUCAGCACAGAAACUGCCGAGCUUCUGGCGUGCCAUGUACCUCAAGGAGCUCGAGCAGGUCACGGCACUGCUCGCGUACACCGAUGUGGAGCAUUCACCCGUACGUCGGUUCCUGCAUCGUUCGAGGAAGGUGGCGUUGGCGGAGCAGGUGAACUCUGCGAUCCUGUUGAGGUGUGGGAAGCCGAGUCAGCCGUUGAUCGAGGUGGCGGUGAGACAGACGACGCUGUUGUGGGAUUAUUUGCAGGCGGAGGAGGUGCAGGUUCCGAUCGGUCAUCCGGUGUGGGGGUUGGUUCAGGGAGGGAAUGGUGGGGUGUAUGAGGGGACGGGGGCGGGGAAGAAGGGGACGAAGAGGUUGCCGGAUUGGAAGUUCAGGAGCUUCUUGCAGGAGAGGUAG